AUGCCGAUCGACAAAAAAGAACCUCCUUCUUCACCGGAAGAAAGUUUCCACGCAUGGCUCAUUUCCUUUUUCGGUAAUGACCAAGAAGAAAGUUCUUCGACCUUUUUGAGCUUCAUUAUCGAAUGGGCUCAUGAAAUCUACGUUAUAUGGAAUCGUUACUUAUGUGGAGUGGUUAGGGAACACAGCCUUUGGUGGAAAUCGUGCGAGAGCGUCACAAAGGGGGCAGUUACGGUUGCGGCGGAGAGCGUUGACGAUUUGGUCCCGCCUCCAGGUUCAAGACAUUCCCACGCGUGCGACUUCUGCGGUUCGUACGUUUGGCAUGCGACAGCGUGUCUAGCGACUGCUUCAUUACUUCUGUUUGGAUUCGCUACUACACUCACGAUGUAUAAGGUCCUGCGCUCCUACUCGAAAAAAGCCGAGCGAAAGCAUGAAAGCUCGCGAGCUUCCCAAUCCGGAGGUGAUUCCAAGUACUACGAGGAGCAUCACCAGCACCGGAAUGGCGGCGGCUCACUAGGAAGUGCCAAUGUCUACCAUCAACAGCAGUCGAGGAUCGGAGCCGAGAACGGACAGCUUCUCGCUGCCGACAACAAGCAUCUCGCGAAUGCCUACCACGCCGGUGGUGGCGGAUUCUCUGAAAGUUCGUCCUACGAAACCCGCGAACACUUUGAACGCAAGGUCCAAAGAGUCAAGAAGACACGAAGCGAGCGUGAAAGGGAUCGCUCUCGCUCAUCCAGACGUGAUGAGGUACGUUUUUAUUUUUCAUUUUUUUCAAAUUCUCGUGGGAAAGUUUAGACUCUUCCUUCUCUUUUUUGUUGUUUUGUUCAAGUUCUUUUUCUCCUUGAUUUUUCCAUCUAUUCUGACAUGUUCCAACAUUUCUUCUGGAUCUUCAGUAACCUAUAAUAUUUUAUCUGAUCCUGUGGUCGCAUCAGCCAGGGUUGCCGGCGAUAUGACCCUGCGCCAUUCUAUCCAAUUGCGUCUUCUUUAUUAUAUUGCGCUGAUUUCAUCUAACUAUUAAAUUAACUACUCGAGUUAAUUAGACGAACCUAUCUUUAAAGUUUAAAUAAAGCAAAUCAGAACCUUUCCCAUAAAUGAAAAUCAAUAGAAAAUAAUUUAGAGCUUCUUAUAUUUUUUUUUUCUCGUUACAUUCUCUUAUGAGGAAAUGUACAGAAAUCAUGAAAUUUCUGCAGAAAAUAAGAAUGCCCUUGUGUUUGUGUUAUUGGGAUCGUAGGAAAAGGAAGAGAAGACGUGCAAGGGUGUGGUCGACUUCUCUGGCGCGUAGGCGAGCGUGUGUAUUGUCGGCCGGUUGGUGGAAAUGGGUGGGGAGCGCUAGUGAGUCCGAAGGCGUACAUGGAAAAGGCUUUUUUUGCUAGGGCUUGGAUUCUUUCUCCUUUUUUCCCAAUGAUAGGAAUUCGAGUUGAAAGGAAAUAAAUUUCAGUUGGUUUUUUGCGAAGAUACUUUGGAAGAAGUGAUAUUUCAACUUUUUUUGUUCAGAAAGAUAAAUAAGAUAAUGAGUUAACGUGAUAAAUCCACACCAAUAACCUUUAGAAAAACCUAUUCAAUGAUUUUUGCAUGAUUGCCGGGCUUUACUUUUCUAUGAAUGGGUCAUCCAUCGCGUCAGGCAAAAGAAGGCGCUAGAGCGGACGAAAAGUGAUCCAAGUGCGUUCGAUUUCUUUUUUUGGCCGCAGCGCUGGCUGGUCGCAAUUGUGUUGUUUGCCGGUUGUGAGUCACAUUAUAAAAACUAUCCUAGCCCUCAAGCUGUUGAAAUCACGAAGAAAACUUCUGGAAAAAAGAAUUACUAAAACUAGGCUGUUUCAGAACCGAUUUUUCAUUUUCUUACGAUCCCAUUUCCGAAUUCAGUUAAACACUGGCAAAAAUGAAUAUUUCUUCUCUUUCUUUGAUAGAAUAAUAAAUAAAAAAAGUUUUCCGGAAAUUGUUUUGUUUGAAGUAAAUUUUUUCUCGAGAAGGUCAUAGUUCGAAAUAGAAUGGGAUUCAAAGAGAAGAGUAAAGCCACGCCCUGUUACAUUUUCUUUGCGUCUUCUCAAUCGUUUGUGCAAAGUGAGGAGCGCAGUUGGAACAGGAAAGAAUCGACAGACCAGGAACCUGACUGAACCAUUUUCGACGUUCAGUUAGAACUUCCUAAAAACCACGAGAUCGAAAAGGACUAUCAAAAGCCAUCUGGGAGAUCGAUAAAGUGAUCGGACAAUUUCUUUGUCUUUCCUUUGCGCCUCUUGAUGUUUCCAAGAAUUCUUCAUUGACUAUAAACUCCUGAGCAAACAUGGCCCGAAACGAACGAAGAAAAGGCACAAAAUAAGUACUAUCGACAAGCAUCAAUUGUUUGCAUUCUGAGAUUGUUUUCAUCAUUCUUUUUUUUUGUGGAAAGGCUACAGUUGAUAGCUUGUGCAAAUUUUUGAGUGUGGUGAGCUCCACAUGACUCAUGUCACGAAAAUAUAUUAUCCUGAAGGCGCAAUACUUAGUCAUUUCAGUUGAACUCGGUUUUUGUCCUGGAAAGAAAAAAUGUUUGUUCUGAUUGUGUGAGAAAAAAAAAUUUAUUCAUCAUUUUAAAUUUUUUUUCUUUUUUUUUCCCAAUAGAAAAUGGAAAAAAUUUGUCUGGUUUGUCUUACUGUUACUAGGUUUCGCAGAUGAACCCGGUGCUUAUAUUCUUCAUUUUUAAAAGAUGGGUAGCGUACCAAGAAAAAAAAAGAAAUAUCAGAAUGUUUCCCUUUACAUCUUUUUGAUCAGCAAAAAAUACCACUCCAUUCCUUUAUAUGGUUGCACAGUUUCCGUUUGCAGUGGCGAUAAUGAUUUUCUUGAAUAUCUAUGUUCAGAAUGUCUUCACCCCUUAACCAAAGGUUAUUUUGAGGUUUCCGAAGUGCUACAAGGCAGCGACGCGACAUCAGCGCGCGACGCGUUGCUGCAGUGGGCGCGGAAGGUAUUAUUCCGCUCAGAAAGUUCCGGAACCUUUUGGAUCUCAGGUGACUGAAGGCUAUCCUCGCGUCAAUGUCACCAACUUCUCGAGCUCCUGGCGCGACGGACUUGCUUUCAACGCGAUCCUCCACCGCUAUCGUCCGAAUCUCAUCGACUGGAACAAGGUCCGUUUUUCAAGCUUUGCUCAUUAGGUUGUUUAUGCGUUUCCCGAAAAUUUUGAGUGAAUGGGACCUAGGCGAAAUUUUUAAUUAAAAAAAAAAAUCUUUUUAGCGGUUUUUUUUCUAGAAAUUUUUUCCUUUGAACGCCUUUUUCGGCUUGGAUAGCAUAGUACGUUUGAACAAAAAAACGCUCAUUACGGCUUUAAAACUUACUCUUUUUAAAUAAACUCUAUUUUAUAAAGAAAAUAGUUGCUUGUCAUUUUUUUAAAAUACUAUAUCAAUCUCAUUUUGAAUCGUUAUUGAUUAUCAAUAUAGAAUUAUCUUCCGAAAUGGCAAUGAAAGCCGAAAAAGAGACGCCCCUUUUGUUCACUAAUGUGUGCUGUUAUACGUACCGUUUUGCCGCAAUCAUCAUAAUGCAAAUUCGUGUUUUGCAUGAGGGGCGCGACGACCUUGCACGUAGAACUAGGCACGUCGCCAAACCUUUGCAAAACGAGAAUAGAUGGCGGGUAGAGAGGACACUCUGAGGUUUCCGCUUGGGAAAAUGAAAAAAAUUUAUCCUUUUUUGAUAGAUUUAUGCGAAAUAAACUAGUUUUUCAAAUAUCUUAUGGUUUUUGUUUGAUUUUAGAUCUUUUUGAGUGAGCGAUAAGGAAGAAAAAAAGAAGAAAAAAAUUGUUCUCUUUUUUUCUCUCAAAAAAAUCAACUCAGUUUUAAAAAAAUAACUGAGUUGAUUUUUUUUUCAAAUUUCUGAUCGCUCUAAAUUCGCUCUGGACUCUGAAAAAAAAAGUCCCAUGUGUGUGUUGCAUGUGUAGAGAGCUCGGAAAGCAGGAUCACUUGUUGGGAGAGCCGGCGGUCGUCGCGCCUUUUCAAGAGCCCUUGUAAGCAUACAUGAGUAAGAUGAAAAAGCGGACAGACUGUGGUUAGCCAGUCGGAAUUUGAAUUAAAACUUUGAAAAAGUUUCCGUAGUGGAACCAGGCGGAAAAAGGAGUGGCGGAAUUUUUGAAACCAACAAAAGAAAAAUUGCUUCAUAAGUUAUUUUUCAAUAUUAAGUAGGAUGUGAAAUUAUAAAUUUUUUUGGUUUUUCUGGCUGGUUUAUAGAGUGUAAGUCGAUAUUCAAAGGAAUAUAAUUGAACAUUUGACGGUCGACUUUUUGCAGAUCAGUGACCCGUUGGUGUCGAACCGCGAACGAUUGGACAAUGCGUUCGCGGCAGCGGAACGCGAAUUCGGAGUUUCUCGGCUUCUCGACGCCGAGGACGUCGACACAGAUCAUCCAGACGAGAAGAGUUUGAUAACUUAUGUCUCGUCGCUCUACAACGCUCUUCCACACCGACCCGGAAUGUCAACUGUGAGUUUCAUUGCAAGUCUUAUCAUUAUCUUCAGUGGAACUGCUUUAACUUUCUCGUGGUGAUAACUAACUGUAUCAAUAAUGUACUCAACAAUGUCCAGUUCGUUCAAGUGUCUGUCUGUUCUUUAGUUGCAACAGCUCCAAGAGCAGUAUGUGGAAGAAGCGCGCGAAUGGCGAGAAUGGGUGGAACGUGCGACGCGACUCGUAGAUGAUCGUCUGUUGGCAGGCUCAGCCACGGAGCUCAUCUACGAACUGCAACGCUUCCGAGAAGACGACCUGCCGCCAAGGGACGAGCAACGACAUCGGCUCGCCGCAGUCUUCGAUCACAUUGAGCGGCAACUCGGCGCGACACAGUUCUACUCAGUUCCGAAGGAUCUGACGACUUCCGAGUUGCAACGUGCCUGGCACGAUUUGCUCAACUCCAUUGACCGACGUUUUGACGUCCUGGAGAGCCACCGUCGCACUGAGGUGCGUGCUUGUUCAUGUUACGUGGAAUUAACAUCUCGCGCAGGCUGAGGGAAAAAAUUGUUGUCUUUUUAUGUAUGUUUUUCACAAUUUUCUCACUAAUUAUGUGACUAAUGUGUUUUUAACGAAUUUUUUGUGUAAUAAGCGCAUGGAAUAAAAAAAAUGAACAAAAAGUGAGCCGGAAAUUAAGCUAUGGAAGCUGAAAAUGAUUCCAUCAAUAUAUGAAUCAAAGUACAUAGACUCAGUUCGAAAAAAUAUUAAUUAUUUCACCUUAAAUUAGCUUUGCAUUGUUUCCAAGUACUAUAAAACUUUUGAGUGAUUAAUAGACUAUUUAUUUCCGGAAAAACCCACGAGUUGAACGUAUUUUUAGAUUUCCAGAUUGAUGUGGGUAGUUAAAAAUCCGCUGAUCAAAUUUUUGAAAAAUGAAGUUUUUGGCAACCCUACUGUUUGAUUCAAAAACCGGAAUUCGUUUUGUUUUUGCGAAUUUAUCUUUUUUUCUAGAGAUUUGAAAAAAAUGCUCUGCCAUAAUUUAAAAAUAGCUUUUUAUCAAAUUUUUUUGAAAAAAAUGAAGUUUUUUUGGCAACCCUACAGUUUGAUUCAAAAACCGGAAUUCGUUUUGUUUUGUAAAUUUAUCUUUUUUUCUAGAGAUUUGAAAAAAAUGCUCUGCCAUAAUUUAAAAAUAGCUUUUUUUAUCAUGUACCUGUUUCUGGAGAGUUCUUUUUUUUUAUUUUCUGAGUCCAGAUCUAUUUUUAGCUGUAACUUUUUUUGAAACAAUAUACUUAAGGGAAACUUGAACGACUUGAUCAGUCGCCUGACCCGAGGAAUCGGCAUCACCAACGAGAAGCUCGACCUGAUUCUGAAAAGUUAGUCAACUUCACGUCUAUUGCUUGAUUUUUUAUUUUUUAGGAAUCGAAGACGUCGAAUCAAGAAUCGACUCGUCACCACCUGGAGCUAUCGAGAAAACAGUCAGCGAGAUCGUGGAAGAUUUGAAUCUACUGGAAGGCCCAAUCAGCGGAUUUUUCGAGGACGUCGACGAACUCAAGAACAACAAUCAUCCCGAAGCGAACGAUUUCUACUCUCAGUAAUUUUUCAUUAUUUUGCUGGUUCACGGCUUUUUUCGCAGGGUCUACGGAUUGCACCAGCGAAGAACGACCUACCUCGACCGUCUGACCAACCAGAUUCUUGUCCGUCUUGGUGUCAGGACCGACACCCUGAGAAAGGUUAGAAACUUUCAGAGUAUUUGAGAGUCCUUUUUUCCAGGAAAAUCAGUCGCGACUUGACAGCAUCCGCCAAUCGUCGUUCAGUCGUGUGGAAGAAUGCAUCGAAUGGGUCCGCGUCAGAAUGGUGAGCACUUUUUCUCAUUAUUCAAUAGAUAAAGGCAUUUUUAAGCUUCUCUUCUUAAGCUGUUGGAAGGCAAGAUAGCUUUUCACUACUACUGAUAACAUUAUCUUGCCUCACUCAAAAAUAUUUCUUGCUUCUUUAGCAGUUACUAGGCGCGAGAGUUUGAAGAUAAUUAAAAAGUGGAAAAUUAAAUGAAUGAGAAGGAAAACCACAUGAAAGGAAAUUUGAUUUUCCAGCUAUCUGAUAGAUGAUGAGAAGAAAGAUAUUAGCCUUGUUAAUGUUUUUUUUUUAAAUUAGCCCAAAAUGGAAAAAAAAAGUGCAGCCAGUAAGCUCGAAUGAAUGAGCUUAAUUUUAAAGUGAAAGACUGAUUGAACAAACAAUAAAAGUAUAGAAGUUAGGGCAACCACGGAAUUUCGUGCAGAUUUUCAAACAAGAGGUCAUCAAAAGUAAGCUUAUUAUGGGCUUCUUCACUAGCUCUUUAGAGUAGAAAAAUUAGGUUGAAAUUGAUUGAAUUUUUUUUUAUAAGAUGCGUUUGCAAUAAUUUCGAUAGAAUAAGAAUCCUGUUUCAUAAUAUUAGUACGGAGGCGCAAAAGUUUGAAGAACGAAAACUGAGCGAGUGAGCCUGGAAUUUUAUACUGAAAAAUGUGAGAAAAUUCAGGAAAAAUUGACGUCGAUGGAGUUCCUGGAAGAUCUCGAAACCUUGGAACAAAUGUUUGAAAAGCACAAGCUCGACAAUCGCGACAUUCAAGACUUCCGCCAAAAUGUCAACGAAUGCAUCGCUCGACAGGUAUUCCAAACAGAAUCUUGAAGCCCAAAUUUUUCUUCUCAGAUGCAAGUCUCCGAGGAAGACUCUAUCGAGUAUUGCGAACUGCUCCGGAUUCUCGAAUCGGAGUAUCAACAACUGCGGGACCUCUCCGCUGGGCGAAUGCUCGACUUGGUACGUCUGCUCUUCAAGAUUUCCUUCCAAGCUUCCUUCAGGAUUCGUUGAUCGCCUUCGUCCGCGCGGCGCAGCUUGAGCUCGUCUGGGUGUCGGAACGCGAGGAGAUCGAAGUUACCCGAAAUUGGUCUGACAUCAAGCAGCUCGACUUGCCCAUGCUCACCAACUACUACAAACAGGUAUGUUACCUUUUUUUCGUUCAUGAUCGUCUUUUUCUGUUCCAAGGAAGUGAAGGAAAAAAAGUUUUUUGAAUCUCCUAAUGUUCUUCAAAAUUAUUUAGUAACCAGACCUUAAAGGUCAUAAACGCACUGCUACAAUAUUAAUUUACAAAUGCGCAUUCGUUGUUUGCAGCUCCUGCACGAGAUGGAACUCCGCGAAAAGCAGUACAACGACGUUCACAACCAAGGCGCCGCUCUCCUCAACCAAGGGCAUCCGGCCGUGCACGUCAUCGAGGUUUCAGCCCAUCGGAAUAUUUUCCCUCAACUAUGUGUUAGGUCUACCUCCGAACGAUGCAAAACCAAUGGGAUUGGCUUCUGGCUCUGUCCAAGUGCCUUGAAGAGCAUCUUCGCGACGCUCUGAAUUUGAAGUCGUUCCUGGAAGAAGCGGCCGACGCAGAAGCUUGGAUGGAAGAACAGUCGCUUCGCCUCGAGAACAACUACAACCGAACUGACUUUUCGCUGGAAGAAGGAGAAAGGUUCUUGCGCGAACUCGACGAGAUCAAGGUGCCGGCUUAUUUUAACUUUUUUCCAUUAGAUGUAGAGCUCUCAAAAAAAAGUCAUCCAAAAAAUCAUCGAGACAGACAAUUUGAUUUAAAUUUCAAGUGAUGGUCGAGUGUUAAAAGCGAAAACGUUCAUUUUGGGAAGUUUCAAGAAGAACUUAGAUGAGUUGCAGGAGAUUCUCAAUAAGUACCACGGCGUUUUGAUGGCUCUCACUGAUCGUUGCGCCACGAUCUCGCCUCUUUGGCAGCGCGGCGAACGAAUUUCUCAUCCCAUAACAGUGACUGCACUCUGUGACUUCAACGACAAGUCCAUCACUAUCAAAGCCGGUAAGAUUUCACUUAGAGAGGAACUUGUGUUCACUGCGAAAAUUAAGGCGACGACGUCGUUCUUCUCGACAACUCGGACCUGAUCAAGUGGACAGUCCGUGAUCUUUCUGGAAUCGAAGGAGUCGUGCCCUCUGUGGUCUUCCGAAUCCCACCACCGGAUGGAAAACUGACCGCUUUCCUCAAUCGUCUCCUCCAGCAAUUCGAAAAGCUGAAAAAGCUUUGGGACAAAAAACAUCGGAUGGUUCGCUUCAACAUGGUCCUCAACACCAUGAGAACCAUACAGUUAGUUGAUUACUUUGUGCUACUUUCCGCAUAUAUUUUUUUCGAACUUAUCAAAGUUGGCCAUUUUAUUGGGUUUUCGUCAUUCAAAAACUGUUUUCACUUUUUUUUUUCGAAAAUCUAAAUUAAAAAGUUGAAAAGAGCUUGUAGCAUUUGAAGGCCGUGAUCUUCCAAACUUGAGAUCUACAAUUUUCUCAGUAGUUUGCCAAACUCGAAGGUUAAAUUGGAUGUGUUAGAACUUUUUCAACUUUUCCCAGGAGGAAUAUGAUUAUUUUUGACAAGUAAUAUUACAUUUUCAAAUAAAAUCGGUUAGCGUAUCACAAAGUCUUUCAAAGUUUGAAAUUCGAAAAAUGAUCAAGUUCAUUAAACUCAUUUCUGAACAAUACUGAACGGGAUUUCCAGAGGCUGGGACCUGGACACUUUCAACGCGAUAGACCCCGAACAACGCGACGCGAUCAUGCGGGCUCUGAACGACGACGCCAACAAGCUCCUCAGCGAGCUGGAUCCAAACGAUCCACUCGCACUUCGUCUUCGCGAGGAACUCCGCAAAACCAACGAACAUUUCUGGAAUCUCCUCAACGCCAGUCAACGUCCUCCGGAGCCCGACUGGGCCAGUCAGUACGACCAGAAAGUCAAUGAACUCCUCCGAAAGCUGGAAGAAGCUUGGCGCAAGCUGAACGACAACGUCGGCAAGCCGGUCUCUCGUACGACAGACGAGCUCGAACGCGUCAUCGUCGACCACAAGGCGUUCGAAGACGCCCUUCAGUCGCUCGACGGCGACGUCGCCAACGUCAAAGAACUCUUCCGGCAGCUGCCCAAUCCAACUCCCACCCAAAGAGUUAACAACGAUCGCCUCAACGUCCUCUGGGACGACCUCUGGGACCUUUCGAGGAUGUAUGUCGAGCGCAUCAAGGUAUUUUUGACGUUAUUUCUUAAAAACAUUAUUAGUUUGCGCAGAUAAGACAACAGUAAAUUAGAGAAAUUUUCGGGCUUUGACUUGAUAACAUUUCAGUUUCCGGAGUUUUCAAAGCCGAAAUCCUUGAUCAAAACCUUGGAAUCUGAAAAAGUGAUGCGGGAGUCUGUAUAUAAAGAGCCUUUCACAAUUACUAGCUUUUUACAACAGUCUCAGAUUAACUACGUUUAAAAUAGACUCACUGUUUCUCAUUGCGCUUUCGAUUUGCUUUUUUUUUCUGGUGUUUUAUUGAAGGGGUAUAACUAUUUUAGGGCUUGUCCACCGUCUUAGAAAUGAGAAAAUCGCAAUAAAUUUUGUUAUGAUAGGUUAUUUAGGUUCUCGAAUCGGUAUUGAACGGCAUGAUCGAAGUCGCCGACAUCGUUAAGGCUCACGAAAUAACGCUCAAUUCGUUCGAUGACUUACCGGCUGCUUUGGACAAAUUGCGUGGUCAUCAUUCCCAGCUUCUGGAGAUCAACAUGGUUCUGAAGGUAACUUUAUUUCUUUUUUUUCUAAAUUUAUGGACUUUUCCAAUUUCCAGCAACAACAAACUGUGAUCGAUCAGCUGAACAAAAACGUCGCCCUCCUUCGACAACAUGUCGCUAGAACCAGACUCAACGAAAAUCAGUGAGUUUUUUUUUUCUCACCUGAAAAUUCUCUUCUAUUUUGGUCUUGGCAUCAGAAUAACCAAAUUAUUACCAAAAGUAAGAAAGAUGAUUGAAGUUUCACUAUUAUCAAAUAUUCCCACCGAAUAAAGGUACGUUCCGGAUAGUAAAAUCAAUUUAACUCAUCGGAUUUUUUGAAUAUUUCGAGCGCUUUUUUGGGGCGACCGGUACGGCGUCUGAAUAUUGCGGACGCUUUUCUUAAUCCUGACCUGGAAAAAGUUUAUUUCGUUUUUUGUACUGUUCAGACUUGACCAUAUUCAUUAAAACUCGAACUUAUCAAAACAGGACCAUCUUCAAGACGGGGUUUGAGUUAAGUAAACUAAAAAUUUUUGUUCGAUUUAACCUAAAAUCACACUUUUUUACCACUUCAUUUCCAUCACACAUCCUUUUUGCAUUACUCAAUAAUAUUCUUUUUCCUUUCUACAUGAUACCAUUUUGCUCUUUAGUUGUUGGUUUUUCCCUCACCUUGUACGGGAAAUUUUUGCGCCUAGGUUCAGCUGCUAAAAGCUUCUAAUACCUUUCUGAAGUAACUGACGAUCGAUCGUCCUUGAAGCCAUUUUCUGUGACCCAAAACGACUGUUUUUUUUUUUUCAUGAAAUUUCGAUCUUUAUUCCAUCUCAUUCAAAUUCGCCGGUUGGUUAUAACUGGAUCGACUUUUGAAAACUUUUUUUCCAAGCCAAAAAAGUUUUUUUUUUAUGAAAGCUGUUCGAUACGGCUUAAUGAGUCUCUUUCCAUUUUUAAGUCGAUAUAAUUCUGUGAAUUUUCAUGCAUGAUGGGUAAAAAUGGGAAAUCAAACGAUCGGAUCUUCUCACAGUUCGAGAAAAUUGCAUAAUUCCUAUAUUUUUCAGUCAUCCUGAUGUUGAUGCGAUUGAAGAAGAAGUGCAGAAGUUGAACGUGAGAUGGGAGAACGUGAACGCCCAAGUUGCGGAGCGUCUUCUGGCCGCAGAACGAGCUCUCCAAAUCCAAAUGGUCUACAGGUUGGUUUUUGCGUCAAUUCUACGGAAUAUCUGGUGUGUCUCAGAAGCGAGUACGAGACGGAGAUGCAGUGGCUGGACAGCGUCGAAGCGACGAUCAACCGGCUUCGGAAGCCCGAAGAGCUCAGGCCUGAAGAGUAUCAACAGCAGCUGGAUCUGCUCGUUUCCGAAUACGCACAGCUCCAAGAGCACACUCAAGCCAUCGAGAAUGUCAACAAGGAAGGUGGAAAGUUCAUCCGCGAAGCCAAGGUUGCUCUUUCCCUUCAUAAUCAUCAAGAGUGUGAUGUGCUUCAGAUCUUUGACUCCAAGAUGAGUCAGUACUCUGACGCGAUCGUUGGCAUUCACGGUCCUGACGUCCGUCUCCAGUUCCGUCGCUCGAAACCUCAGCCGAAGAACGGCGCUCAGAUUGUCACCGAAGAGCUUGAAGUAGCCGAUUAGCCCUUAAAAUGAUCAAAAUCAAUUGGUUUAGGCCCUGAACCGUCGCUUCGCGCAACUGAGCUCGUUGAUUCUCGAACGUCGCAACACGAUGCAAGUGCUCAUCCAAAACUGGAAGCGGCAAAAGCAGGUACGUCGGGAUCUGGGUGCGAAUAAAGGAACUCCCGCUGGGUGUAGUUUGGCGGUACAUCGACGGAUCUCGUUGAAUUGUAAAGCUUUCCUCACGCGAACUGUUUUUGUAUGAACCAAAUGGAAAAAGACAUUUACACACUCGUGUUCCGACUUUCUGAUUAAUUGAGAAUGAAUAGACUGAAAUUCAAAAAACUUGAAAUCACCAGAGUUUUAGUUUUUCUGAUGACCAUUGGAAGAAAUCGUGAGAAGAUGUGUGGAAAGCUUUCAAUUUCACUUGCUUCAUCGAUUUUAGAUGUGUACUCGUAGUAAUAGUUAGAUAGUUCGACCACUUCGUCUCACACUCCAUAUUAAGUUUCAUCAGUGAAAAUUUUUCAGUUUAAUAGUCUUCCAUAACAUAUCAAUAUUUACACUUACACUGCCUCCAAUUAAUACGUUGCCAGCACUUUUUUUGAGUUUCGCGCUUCAGCAUCGUGGUUUCAAAGCCUCUUUGAGUCCACGAAUAAAAAAAGCAAAAAGUACUUUUUUUCAUUUUUUUUUUUAUAGGUGUCUGUUUGACUACAUGAAACAUUUGAAAACAGUACUUUUGAAAAUUUUAACAAUUGUAUCUAAACCUUGAAAUUGACUUAUUUUUUUCGAACUGUAACUCGUCAACUGAUUCAGUUGCCUUGAAAGUCACAAAAGAGAAAAGCUGAUUUCAACCACAUUCUUAUAACACAAUUUUAAAAUUUGGAUUAUGAUCAACGCGUUAUUCAGAGCCGAAAACCUUCUAAACAGAUAAACCAAAGUAACUCUGCCAAGAGCAGAUUUUCCCGCUUACUUACUUUACAGGCCUUUCAUAAUCAAACGGAGUUAAUUAAUCGGUUCAUCUCUCAAAGAAGGAUUCGUAUAGCUGGAGUUACCUUGCUCCAGCUUUUCACUGAAGAUAAAACCUUUGGCUUCAGCACAAGCUUCAUCAGGCUAGUUUAUGUGUGUCCGAUGUCCUGCUUCUUUUCCGUUUCCCCAUUUUACAUUAAUUUCAUUCAUUUUUUAAUUAAAAAAAAAAUUUUACACCAAGUUAACUGAAAUGAAGUUCAACAUUUCUGUUUUUUUUUUCUGUCCUUUGUCAAUACUGCCUACCUCCCUUCACAAAAAAACGUUUCACUUCUUUUUUUUUUCUGUUUUCAAGUCUGCUUUUCAUGCCUAAGUCGACACCUCGAUUGAGUAAUAUGUCUUUCAUCUUUGUAUGUGCUUUUUUGUUGCCCAAACAAUCUGCUGCUUAAUUUUAUUUAACUGACACCUUAUUUGGCAAACCACUUUUAAUUGUUUAUACCGAGUGUCGAGUGAUGUGGUUGUGAAACUUUGAGUUCUUUUUUUUUCAUUACUCUUAAAAGUUGAGUGAGUUUUGAACAGUUUCGCCUCGAAAAAUUUGGUCGUCAAUCCAUAUUCUCUUCUGCGUACCUUCCCAUACCACCCUGCGAUUCCAGGAAGAAGAAGACCGCCGGAGAGCUGAAGAAGAGGCUAAGAGAAGGGCUUUUGAAGCGGCCCGGCUAAAAGCCUUGGAAGACGCUGAUCGUUUGCGAAGAGAACGGGAAGCUGCUGAGGCAGCUCGUCGGGCUGCAGAAGAUGCAGAGCGCAAACGACGACUCGCCGAAGAGGCCGAGAGAGCGAGAAAAGCCGCUGAAGACGCUGAACGACGGCGUCGCGAAGAAGAGGAAAGGAGACGGCGAGAAGAAGAAGAUCGCGAAAGAGAGCGUCAGAGAAAGCUCCGCGAAGAUGAAGAUCGUCGGCGUCGUGAGGAGGAGGAAAGGCGGAGACGACCUAAGGUAGGCCUUAACUCGGCUGAAGUUUUUACGGUUUGCCGUGGCGUGUGAUAAGUGUGAGCUUGUGUGAUUACCUUCACUUAAAAUUUCUCACUACGAAGAGUAUUUUUUUUUAACCUGUGAAAAAAAGUUUGGAACUUGAAGAGAUGUCAUUUUUUUUAUGAGUUAUUCUCUUUAGUGUUUAUAUGUCAUUGAUUUUUCUUUAAGAGUCGAUUUUACAUCAGGAAGCCUCGGCAUAAGAAAGUUCUGGAUUAUAAGUGUUGACUUCUGCUUUCCUUUCAGUAGUUCUGAAAUAACAGUUGAUUCUAAUCAUGACCUUUUUCAUCGAUUUUUUUUCAGACCCCGGAGUUCAACAUCAAUCGUCCCACAGUAACCCACGAGGUCAACGUGACUGAAGAUCCUGAUGACUGGGAGGAAGCGCAUCCUGUGCACGACAUCGCGAAGAUCAGCGAGCACGAAGACGAGAUGCAGAUGUACCAAGAAGAAACGGUCACCAAGACUCAGUUCUACGAAAUGGAGGGCAUUUUGCACAAACAAACCGGCGAAAUCCUCACCUUCGUCGAGGCUAUCCGUCAAGGACUCCUGGAUUUGCAUGCCGGUGGUGGACAGUUCUUCGAUUUGCUUUCCGGUUCGAAGAUUUCAUUGGAAAAAGCCGCGGAACUUGGCUACAUCGAUGGCGGUUUCCAAGAAGUCCUCAACUCCAAGUGGGGGAUUCACCACCCUGAAUCUGGAGAAUCGCUCACGCUUCUGGAUGCUAUUCAAAUCGGACUAUACGAUCCGGAAAUUCGUCAAAUUCGGGACAUCAAUACUCGUGAAAUCCUCUCGAUGUAUGAAUGCACGAGUAAGAAAAUUUUCAAUUUCGAUACCAUGCACAAGCUCAUCAAAAUGGGUAUCCUCAAACUUCCGCCAAUGGGUCUUGCUCAAGCCAUCGAACAGGGCGUUCUCAACACUGAAACUGGCUACUUCACCGGCAAAUAUACAAAAGAGACGAUGCCCAUUCGAGAUGCCAUCUACAAUGGCUACGUGCAAAUCGUUUCGUCGCAGCAGACUCCGUCUAUUGCCAUCACAUUGACCGACGCCAUCGAGAACGAAUUCAUCAACGCCAACAAUGGAGAGUUUGCUGACCGUCAUACGAAGGACACCUUCACGUUGCGGGAUGCCGUUUCCAAGCAGAACAACUUGCUGAACUUGCACGUCGCCGAAAUCAUCAACACCAACGAGAACGUUCGUCUGACGCUAGGCGAAGCUGUGGUUCGCAAUGCCAUCAAUACGCGAAAUGGAAACUUCACCGAUUUGCAAUCACGAAGAAGUCUUUCGUUGAACGAAGCUCAUCGCGAGGAGCUCAUUUGCAAGCCGCUCACACUGACUGAAAUGUCGGCGCGUGAUUUGAUCGACUCCACCGGUCACUUUGUCGAUAGAGGCACCAAGCAACGUCACACACUGCUUGGCGCUAUCGCCUCUGGGCUUCUCGACGCGGAAGUUCGCCAUAUCGUGGAUCCUGACGAGAAGGACGUGAUUUCCAUCGCCGAAGCCCUUGAACGAGGUGUUCUAGGCGCUGAUGGGAAAAUCAUUCUCGAAAAACAACAGAAGGAGUACAGAAUCGUGGACGCCGUACGAGAAGGACUCCUUACACGCCGCGUUCGACACAGCAUUUUCGAUGUGAAAGGCAUCCAAAACACGAAGACGGAUCAGAACAUGAGUUUCAACGAAGCAGUGGAAGCCGGUGCGAUAAUCCCCAACGCUGAAAGAGUUGUCGAUCUGGCUACUCAAGAAAGUUACUUGUUCAGCGAUUCGAAAGCAAGCCAAAUUGUUGAUGCCGUUCUUCUUGAGCUUCUCACGAAGCCAGUAGGAAUCAAAGGAGAUCGAGGCAACUUCGACCUCAACCUCAUUCGAGCCGUUUCCAAAGGAAUCGUCGAUCCAACCAAGGGCGUCUUCUUCAACCGGUCUACAAAGCAAGAAAUGUCAGCUCGUGAAGCUUACAAUCACGGUCUUGUGAAUCUUCGUGGAGCCAUUCAGACGGCAGCUCUGUUUGACGUUCAUCCUUCGCUGAUUGCUACCGUGAAGAAAGCCGAUAAGAAAAAGAGAAUCAGUCGUCCUGGCCAAACUGCGCUUGACAUUCCUUCUGACCACGUCCGAGUGACCAUUGCUGAAGCAAUGAAACAAGGAAUCAUUGACUCAAGAACUCAGCGCUUCCGACAAGGAGAAAUCGACAUUACCCUGGACGACGCCUUGAGCCGUGGUCUUAUCGAUCCUUCAAGCGAAUGGAUCGUUCCUGAAAGAACGAAAGGAGCUGGACCUACCAUUGAAGAAAAAACGACGGAAACAGUCACGGAAACUGGUCAACAACUUGCUCCAAAAUACUACCCCGACAAGAAUCUCGAAGAAUCGGUAACGACUGUCAAGCGCGUCAGAACUACAGAAACAACGGCUCUUGGAGGUCCAGGCGGUGUUUCCGUCUACAGAGCAAUUACCGGCGGGAAAGGAGCUAUCGAAGUUCCGGCGAAUGGUUACCACAUCUAUGAAGCGGAGCGAAAAGGGCUCAUUGACCUCACUACUGGCCGUAUCAGCGCUCCAAAUGUCGACCGAGAAAUCAGCUUUGCCGAGGGUAUCGAAAUCGGCAUAAUCGAUGGCUCAACGAUUUUUGUGCGAGAUCCAAAGACUGGUCGUCAGAUUGGUGUGAAAGAAGCAUUGAAAAACAACACCCUCAGCAAGGAUGGAUCAAUAACGAUCAACGGCCGCUCUACAAACAUUGAAAAGGCUAUUGAAGACAAGCACAUAAUCAUUGAAGCUGAACCUCUGGUUCCCUACAACAAUACGACGAAGAAGAUAAUCCAAAUACCUUCUGGAUCCGGACCCGUCAUCAGUUUCCGUCCGGUCGGCCAGCCUGUGGUUGAAGAAUCAGAGCAAUCUUGGGAGUUCGACGCUCAUAGAGGAAUUCUCAUUGACCAUCUUUCCGGUGAUCAUUUAUCUUUGGACCAAGCCUUGUCCUCAGGAAAACUUGCACCUGAAGAUUUGUCGGUUCGUGAUGCACUCACCGGCCGCGAAAUGAGUUUUGCCGAAGCUGAAAAGUGGGGAAUAAUCGAUGCCAAGAGAGGCUUCUACCUCGACAAAAGCGACAACAAACGACUUUCCUUCACUGAGGCGGCUCAACAGCAACGAGUCUACCCGAACGGAGGAGUUCCUGAAAACGCCGGUGACGCCGUUCACACCACUGUCAAAAUCCAAACUCGCAGUCAAGUUGCCAAGAAGGAAGCGCUCUCAAGCGGUCUUCCUCUCAGCGAAAAUACUCUUGGUAAAGCACUCGCCUUGGGUUGGUACGACGCGCAGAGCGGGAAAUUCAGCAAUCCGGAUACUGACAAACCGAUGACUCUCAAAGAAUCCAUCAUCAAAGGUUUAUUCAAUCCUUAUGAAACAACCAUCCUCGACAAACGCAACAACCGAGAAGUCUCAUUGCUGGAAGCCAUUCAGCUUGGAAUCGUGGACGACAACGCCGGCACUGUCGAAAACACUCAGACUGGUGAAAAAUUGGAUCUGUCAUUAGCAGUCAAUGCUGGUUUGGUGAAAGGAAAGAACUUUGGAGACUCCUUGGACUCCAGCAUGUUUUCUGGACGUCUUGACAUUGGAACCGGCCACUACACACAACCGAGCGGUGGAAGUGUGCCACUUCAUGAAGCGCUGAGAAAAAAUCUCGUCGACAACAGCUCUGUCGUCGUCCGCGAUCCGUCAUCUGGAAAAGAAUACUCAUAUCAAGAAGCCGUGAGCCGGCGUAUCGUUGAUCCUGAGCGCGGGUUGAUUCACAACCAUUCGACCAAAGAAUCGACAAGCUUCCCGCAAGCUCUCACCACCGGUGUUCUCGCUUCAGCGCACUCCAAUCAGCGACCAUCAACACACUCUCGACUCGUUGAACAGAAGCUGCAACUGACUCCUUUUGCACCUCACCAAGGAGCCGCUUCGAAUGGCCAAGAUCGUCAUGAACUAGUCGAUGUUGGUGGUGGAAAACAAGUUCGUAUCAAGGUUGUCAAAGGCGAAGGCGGCGUAGAGAAAGGAGAAUAUGUGGAUCCGACGACUGGAAUGAAGUUCACCAUUCAGAUGCACGGCGACCCCUUUGUUACUGAGACGAAAACCAGUGUGAAAAGCUCCUCCCAAGUUCAGUCGGUGGAGUUGGAACCUCAUGCUGAGUUUGUUGGAAUCGACAGAAUCCGGGACAAACGCAACAACCGCGUGAUGUCACUAGAAGAUGCUAAGCGCAUGGGACUUGCGAAGGUCGACAAGAAAGGAAAGCAAAUGACACGAACUUACCAAGUUUUCCGAUCGGCUAUUCAAAACGCCAUCAACAGAGGCGUGAAAGAUGCUCACGACGAGAAGAUCAGUCUAGAAGACGCCAUUCGCGCCGGUAUUGUCGACAUCCGCAACUUGACCUACCACCAUCCGAAGUCUGGAGAAUCUAUUUCCCUCACGCAAGCGGCCAACAUGGGCCUCAUCGACGUUACCUUGUCUGAAAUUCUACCCAAAGGAAUUUGCCAUCCAGGAACCAACGAAAACAUCAGUAUCAAGCGUGCCAUCGACCUCGGCAUUGUGGAUCCCCGCACUGGCGAGGUUCAUGACCCUCGUACUCGGCAGCGUCUGACUUGGCUGGACGUUUUGCGAACUGUUUAUCAAGCAAUCACCUCCGACGGAGUUUUCGAUCCAACCAAAGGCCAUCAUGUUCCUGUCACGUCGGCUUUCAAUGACGGUCUGAUCAACACCUCCACCGGAAAGUACCACAACCCAAUCACUGGCGAAGACGUUGAUUUGAAAGAUGCUGUCGAGAGAGGCCUCAUUGACAGAUCUACCUACGAGACCAUCACUGCUCCCAAACUCACGGACUACCGUAGCAAUCGCCAAGUGAACUUGAUUGAAGCCGUUCGCGAGAAAAUCGUUGAUCCCAAAAACCGAACUGUCCAGCUCUCCCGCCACAGCAUUGUUCCCAUCUCAAAAGCUGUUCUCGAUGGUCGAAUUCCCCAAGAAAUCGGCGAAAAGAUGAGAAGAGUGGACAAGCUGACCUUCGCAGAAGCCGUCGGUUUGGGACUCAUCGAUGCGAAGUCCAAUAUCUUCACCGACCCCGACACAGGCAGACAGUUGACUAUCGCCCAAGCAAUCGACCAAGGCUUCAUCGACACUGGAAGCCUGGAAGGCAUCGAAGGAGCAGAUGAAAAGAAUUUGUCGAGUGUUUUGACGUCUUCGGAAUUCGACGAAAACUCUGGACGUAUCCGAGACAAAAAAACUGGUCUCUACUUGACGUUCCGAGAUGCUGUUGAUCGAGGCGUCAUCGAUGGUGAUUCCUUGUUGCACGAUCAGGACAGCGGUCAACUUCUGACGCUACGCGAUGCUUUGAGCCGAAAGAAAAUCGACCAAGACGGAAGAUACGUCGACGGAAACAAUCGACUGCGACUGAGUGAUGCUAUCAAAAGUGGCCGCUUAACUGUAAUUGCCUCGCCUUCUGAGGCCGUUCAGGCGGUAACAGAAUCCGUCAAACGAAAAGACGCAGAAGGCUACAAGUUCAAGAUCCAAGAGUACGAAGAUGGUAAAAGUCGAAGCAGCACAUCCGGUCCGAAAUUCCGCGAAGAGACCACAGUCACGAGGCUGACGCCACACAACAUCGAGCCUGGACUCUCAGUGCGAAUGCGGCAGUCUACGACAAGUAUCGGAGAUCGCGCCAGAAGCUUUGUCGAUGAUCCUUCCUCAAUGGCUGACCUUCAACACGAAUUCCUCUCCAACCUUGAAGCCAGUCAGUUUGACACCGACGAACGCAUCAUUGAGAAUCCAAAGGAUGGACGUAGAGUUUCCGUGCGAGAAGCUGCAGAGACUGGCCUCCUCGACGUCUUGUCGGGUGAAAUCGUUCACCCUGAAACUGGUCGUCGAUACUCCAUCCCUCGCGCCGUCCACAUGAAGCUUGUCUCAGGCGAUGCAGCCAAGAGGCUGAUGGAAGGACUGAAUAUUCCACUCGAAGAAGUUCAUAAUGCCUCGCAAACAGUCUCCCACUCUCAUCGCUCACCUUCUCCGGUCACCUACGUCUCUUCGACGUCGACUACCUCGCAGCAUCCAGGAGAGACCGGCGUUAAGACCCGCGAGUUCACCAAAACCAUCAACUGGCACGGCCAACCUUCGGAGCUGAGAAAGUCGAAGACCGACCCUCUGGCGCCCUACACGACGCUGUCUUCAAGCACAGAUGAACCUACACAGGACGCUCCAUCUUGGGCUCGUCGUCAGUAAAAGUUUUGUCUCUCGUUUGUGUAGUUCGUGCCGUUUUUUCCUCUUUUUUUCCCCCAUUUUAUCAUGUCUAAGCCAUGGUUUUGCUGCCGAAUUCAACUGCCGUCGCGCGCAAUUCCAUCUUUGUCGUCGGUUGAAUUCUGAAGCAAUCCUUCCGCUUUUUUUUCCGAUCUUGUCAAUUUGUGCCCAUACCCCGUGCCGCAUCCAGCUCAGUUCAAUACACUAUCUACCUUUUUGCAUGCCUUUCCCAAAAAUGUUUCCAGUCGCAAAAUGGCGUCUUGUAUAUUUUUUUCUACAUGUGAUUUUCCGAGAAAAAAAAGAAAUAAUUAUUGAAUUGAAUCUACUUAUACGAAGUUUUACUAAUAUUCAAUUUCUAUUUUCAAAACUUUCAGUGCCUGCGAAAUUUUUUUGACGAAUCGUGCUCAAACUGUAAUAUAAUUCUCUUUCAAAAAUAUAUGUAGUUUUCGUCGUAAAUUCCAUUUAAAAAAAACUAUUCGAAACCCAUGAAAUGAGUUUUUUUGCUCUUCUACUGACACUGCCGAUGAAAGUUAAUUUUUUCCAUUUUUGAAGUAAAUUUUCUUAUAUAUGGUGUUGGAUGUUCUUGUCGUAGUUUGCAUGCCAGAAUGUGGAAGAGAAUGAAAGUGGAGUAAAAGUUUCGUUUCCUCUUGAGGUCGAAGAAUGUCGGAGAAUGUCGUGAAAGUCGAAGUUAAAAACGUUCCUGUGUUGUCAGUCCCAGGUGUUGUGGAAAAUUGGGAAAAACACGGCUUUCAAAAGUUUGAAUGAAAACACUCUGAAAAAUAUCUUCAUGAAGAAAAUUUAUUGUUACAAGACAUGUGGUUGAAAUCAGUUGGGUGUCAGAAAGCAAAAAAAAAAAAACAAAACGAAAAAAUGGCGAAAGAAGUCAACGCUCUAUGGGGCUCACUUUCAGGAAAACGUCACAAAAGAAGCUUCUUUCCGCGAGACAGAAAUGUCUGAGUUGAUGAAGGAUCUUGGGCGAUUUAGAGAAGAAGUUUUCACGAGUCAUCUUUCUUUCCGUCUUUCUUCUGACUCUGCGGAUGCCGCUUCUAAAGGAGUUGAGGUGCAAUUUUUGUGAUAUUCUCAAGAGUUUAAAGACCAACAGCUACUUGAAGCAUCUAUUACUGAUAUGAGACGUUUCUUGAAUCGAAAAAGCUGCUCAACUGAUUAUUUUGAGAGAAAUAAAAUAGAAAAAAAAAGAAAAAGUUUGUUUCUAAAUCAGUAACGAAACAAUGUUCGAUAGCUGAAAGACAAUUUAUCGUUAAUCACUCUGAAAAAUCAAAGUUAGGUGAAACAACACUGAUAAAUUGCUUAUUCAAGACUUGAUAACCGUUAGAAAGAAACUGUAUCAGACUAUUUGAAAAAAGGACCACAAUUCAUCAGGAAAUCAAUUCUCAACUUUUCCAGUAAUAAAUUUGAAAAUAACUUAGAAAAUCAAUUUUCAAAAUGAGUAAGAAUAAUGCAUCAAACUUGAAAGCUCAAUAAAAAAAAGGUUCGAAAAAAUAAAAUUUUGCAAGGCAAAAAUUUUUAUUGCGAUGGCUUUAGGUCUUUGAUUAGCUUUUCUUGCUGCUAGUAACAGUUGUAGUUUCUCUUUCCAGUAUCCUGGAAGUGUCAUAGCGAUUACAUUUUUAGCAAAACGGCUUUGCAGAAGAUCAAAGAUUCACUAGAAGAAUGGCGCGGUCGAGUCAAAGAACGGCUCGAUGCGGUGGAAACUCUUUGCAGAGAAGGGGCCGACACGAUGCCACCAGAACAGUUUGUGCAGCUACGCGAAAAGCAAAAAAAGCUCGCUGACGAGUACGAUCACGUCGUUAGAACAGUAGAAGGCGUUCAUGGCAGGUUCGUAUUCUUCGGAAGGAACUCCUUUACUGUUCAUUUUCCUCAACUUUAUCAUUUUUUAUAAAUAGUAAAAAAAUUGUCCUGUUAUGAAGAAUAAAUGAGCUACCCUUUUUAGUUUAUCCAAAUUCGACGACCUCGAAAAAUAUUUGACGCAGACGCGAGCGUCAAUAUGGAAAUUGAUGCCCUGGCAGAUAAAAUUCUGGCGCAGGAGGGUCGCCUCCAAACAUGUUUCCAUGAUUAUCAUAUUCUAUUUUUUUCUAUACUGGUUCACUGCUCCAUUUUUUUUUGUUUCAUAGUUUUUUUCCACUUAAAAAAAUGAUCGAGUUUCAUUUAAAGAAAGUUUUUUUACAGUACUGUAGGGUUCAAACUUUGUAUUUAUAAAGACUCAAAAAUAUUUCGUUUCUUCUUCCGGGCUUUUUGAGUAGCUCGGAAACUCUCUAUUUUUAUAAAAUUAGGCUUCUUUCAUUCUUAUCAUUAGAGAGAAUGCAUCUUCUAGUCAUAGAAACCUUUUUGCUUAAAGGACAGAAAUUCUUGCAACUUGAGAGAAUACCUGGAAUGAAACAUUUCGAAAUUUUAAUAGUUCGAUUGUAUCCAUUCAAAAGUUUUUUUUAUGAUUUUAUUCGUUAAAGAAAAAACCAAUUCUUAGCGUCACUGAAGGCUAAGGAAGUUCCAUUCUCGUUUAACUCGUUUAAAGUGGGUACUUUUCAUUUGAAUGGUUCAGACUUAACAUCUUGGCCGCGUUGCUCAUCGAGUUCUCGUCCACGACGUCGGCGAUGCAGUCUUGGAUGAUGGAUCGUACAAGACUCGGCGGAGAGCUCCGCGCUAAGUCUGCAGACCCGACUCGACUCAACGAGGUUUCUCAACGACACAGAAAAAAAAAAUAAUAAAACUUCAUCCAGGCUCGGAACGAGGCCAAGGCGCUGCUUGAUGAAGUUCAAAAAGAAGAAGGCCGUUUGAAAAAGAUUGGGGCGUCCGUCACCCGCAUCGAACAGGUAGACGACUUGUUCUAGACGUAUCUUUCACUUCCGACUCUAUUCAAGGAAAUAAACACUAUGUACGAAGAAAUGUCGUCGAACUCAUCUUCUCCGCGUGGAAUCCAAAUCGAGGACGUCACCGAAACGAAGCAGCGCGUCGAAAAAGACUUUGCCCUGUUGCUGAAACAAUUCCAAGACCUCCUUCUCUUCCAGAAUCGUGUUCAAGCCUAUAAUGAUGAGCAUUCUGGACUGGCCAAGUAAGAAGUCAUUUAUUGGUCGUUUUAGUCGUUUUUUUGUAGAAAAGCUGAUGAAUGGAUUAGAUCUCUCGAGAACCAGCUCUCAGACGUUGAGAGAUCGAACAGUUCAGAAGAGGAGAAGCUCGGCUGGAUAGAAGACCUAACGCGAGAAGUUAGUAUGCCCGCAAAACGCUAAAUACUCAAGAUGUUUUGCAGUCUUCGAGUGGAGAAACGUAUCUCAACGAUACAGAUGCUUCAUCCAACAAGUUGCUCCUGGCUAUCGAAGGAACUCCCGCAGCCGAACAGAUCCAAAAGCGACAUCAGGAUCUGGCGACAGAACUCCGCGAAAAGCACCGCGCGGCUCUUGCUCGACUGCAGCAGAACUUCAACGACGUCACUGCUAAAAUCGCAGAGGCCGAAGGGAUCAAAGAUGCGAUUGCGAACAUUUUGGAGUGGAGUGACCGUUUUGUCCAACGAACAUCUACACCAAGAGAGCUUCCACUGAAUGAGGCCGCACUGCUCGAAUUGGUAAACUGCUCCUAACUUAUUUUUUCAGCUGAAAAAUUCAGAAACGAGAAGAACAAGUGUUGAGAAGCGAGUUGGAGUCGCGUCAGAGGGUCACAGAUGAUCUCGAAAAGAAGACUGUCGAUGGAGACCCACGGCUAAGCAAGGACGUCUCUUUAGCGAAGAAGAAUCUCCAACACGCUGCCAACGACUUGAUGGUCUUUGAGAUGAAGGGUUUGAUAAAAAAAAAUGUACUGUAGGGUCUCCGGGACAACAUCGGUGACGCCAUGAAAGGCCUUCAAAAAGUGUCUGCGGACAGCGAAAAGCUGUCGACAGCUCUAGACAACGUGUCUGCAAAGAUUCGAUCGGCGAACAGUCGAGAUGCAGAAUCUUUGCAAUCCGCCGAGAAGGACCGCGACGUCAUCCUCGGAAAAUUCUCCGACCUUGAAGAAGCUGCCAAGUUGUUGCUCUCCAUCGUUAACGUGACCGAAGGCGAUGCUAUAACUGAUAAGGUGAAACUAAAAUGUCACAUCCCAUAGGAGAGAGUUUUAUUUCAGAUCGAAGAGUUGAAAGCUCGUAUCGAAAACGUUGAUGACGAACUUUCAUCCAAGAAAAACGUUUUUGACAAGAUUGGAGACGCCGAGAUCAACUUUGCGGAUGCGAAAAACAAGUUUUAUAUUCAUCUCAAUAUUUAUUUUAUAUACUCAUUUUCAGGGCCGACGAGUGGCUUUUACGUUAUUCGAAUGAAUUGAAUAGCCUUGAACCAGUUUCUAUUCAGCAUCCGAAGUUGUCAGAUCAACGGAAAGAAGUACUGGAACUGUCAGAUCAACAAAAACAAGGUAAAAAAUUAUCAGAUUUUCAACUUUUUUUUCUAGGUUAAACGGAUUCAUAGGCAGAUGAAUAGACUAUUGGACUUUCUUUAAAAAUGAAUAUGACAUUGAAUUUCUGAUCAAAUUCAUCUGGAACGGAUUAUUUUGCAAAGUUUAGGGUUCAGUCUCAUAAAGAGGAUAUCAUUCGAAGAUUUCAAACCAAAAAAAUUAGUAAAAUUGGACUCACUUUUGAACAAAUUAUAAAAUACUUUUUCGAAUAACUACAGCUGGGAAGAUACUGACAAAAGAUAACUCUCUGCUCUCGUCACUGUUAAUAAACACCUGAUACAUUGAUUUUUGCUUUUUGGAUGAUUUUUCUUGGCCCCAUGGAGAGGAUUUCUCCAAAACGUUUCGACAAGAUGUAAUUUUUGCGGUCCCUAAGAUUAUUCUACACAUGUAGGCAAGACUGAAAUUUUGAAAAACUGAAGACGGAUUAGUAGAAUGAAAAACGGUUGCAGGACAUGCAUAUCUCGACAAUUUGGAACAACUGGCGCAUGCUCUGAUCGACGCCAACGAGCCUGGAACCUCCCGAGGCAAUUCCGUCAGUCAAACCGUCGCUGAUUUUUCUGCCCGGUAGGUUGAACCGAUGAGAAAGAAGGCUGGCAGACAGAUUCGCGCGCCAUUAAUUGGUUUAUUUAAAUAAAUUAAUUCAAUUUUUUUGAGGUUGAACGCUCAAAAUGACGAAAUAAAACGCCGGAUUGAUAAAAUAAAUAAGAACGACUCCAAGGCGAUCUCCUACGAUGAAGCUGAAGCAGACGUUUUGAAGUGGAUGCGGGACCGACAUAACGCAUUGGUUUGCUGCCUAAUUUUAUUCAUCUUCAUGAUAUCUGUAGACUUCAAUGAAGUUGCCGGCAACCAAAGAAGAUGUGAGCAGUUUGUCCGCAGACCUCGACCGUAUGGACAGAGCGGCUCGCAGUGAACAACGUCGGCUGGAAGAAGUUAUUCCCUCCCCUCUGACGAAUUUUCAUUCUCGCUUAGGUGCGACUGUCCGCACGCGAGCUGGUCCGUGAAGCCGAAGUCGACGAAGAGAAGAAAGAUAUGCUUGACCGAGAGAAGCUUCUAACCGCAGAAUGGGAAAAGUGCUCGGAUGAAUUCGACGGUAAGCCACGUUUGAAUACAGCUUUCAAUAAGUUUUUUGAUUCAGCGACCCGCGAUAAAGUCCGAGACGCAGAGAAGACGCUGGGAGAGCUCCAACAGGUCGAGAAAUGGCUCACGGCCAGGAAGAAGAUGAUGGAAGCGAUCGGAGCACCCAGCACGGAUCAUACUGUAGCUCGAGCUCAGUCUGGACAGUUGCAGGUUCUCCCCGGUUGAAAAACUGUUUUGAAGAUCUGUUCAGCUGCUCAAAGCGGAAAUAGAAAGUGAAAAGCCCUCUUUGGAAGCCGUUGAUCGAAUGGCGAAUCAGCUGUCCGACUCUUUCCCCAAUGCAUCAAGCCUUCCUCUGAAGGUCGAAGAUCUGAAAAGCAAGUGGAACUCUCUCGAGGGCGACAUCGACCGCAAGUUCAACGAUCUAGAAGAGGCCAAAAAAAUUGGAUCCGAACUUCGAACUUUACAGAAGGAACUCAAGUGAGGCUUCCGAAACUUUUUUUUUCAUUUGGGCUUUUUUUUCGGUUUUGUCUAACGAUUCACAAGCUCUUGGACGCAUAUUUGUGACCUUUAAAAAAGUUUUAGAUUCAAGCCAUUUUCGGGUUUUAUACCAUAAGGAGAAUCAGGAGAAAACACGGCUAGAAAAUUUCGAAAUUUCAGAGUUUAUCUAUGUCAUUUUUUUAGAUUUAUAAUCUAUUCCCAAAAUGCAGUUUUGAGAUGGGGAAAAAUUAGUUCAUCAACUUUUUGAAGGGAAGAUUUCAAUUAGAAAAAAAAAUGAUUAGAAUAGAUAUUAAUAAUUUUUCGCUUUCCAUCAACACGUUUCAAUAGAACCGAGGAAAAAUUAAGAUUUUUGAAUUCAAAAAAGUCGAGAGUAGAAGCGGUAAACUCCCCGUGGGAAUAGGAGUUCUGGAACAACUUAAAAGCUACAAAGAUAAUCCUUCGGGCUAAAGAAACAUUCACUUUAAGGAACCAAUUGGGUGAGCUCGAAUCAAACGUCGAGAAAGCAGCAUCGUUCCCAUCUACGGAAAUCGAGAAUCAGUUGGAAGUUACGAUCGGAGUCAGAACCUCCACUAAUUUUCGUAUUCAGUCACUGGAAGAUUUGAAAACGAGUUUCGGCGGUGUGAACAGUUCGAUAUCUAAAAUGAAGAAGUUGUUGGCCGACGCCGAAAACCUCGAGAUUGACCCUACAAACAAGUCGGAGAUCGAAGAACAGCUCGAAGCCACAGCCAAAAAAGCAGAUCAAGUCCGUUUACGUAAUUUGAAACCAAGCAUUUCUCGAUAUUCCAGAUCAAUCGUAAAAUUGAGAACUUGAAACAAGCAGCUCUCUCGACACGAAAUGAAGACGCUGAACUUGCGGCACAAAUUGAUGAAAUUGCUUCUGUCGCGCUUUCGGCUGCCAACGAACUGAGCCAGGUAACUUUUUUGAUUUCUUUUCUUCUCUUGCCAAGGAAUGUAUGUCAAGGAUUAUUAUUCAGGCGCCGCCGGUCACAGCGGAUUCUGCUCGUCUUGCGGAACAGUCCAAGACUGCCAACGAUGUUUACGGACGUCUUGUGGAGCGAGAAGGCUCCUUAUCGCUUGCAAAGUACGUUUUUGGUAGAAACAUGAAAAGAACGGUUCUGGCGAACGUCGUUCGUUUUUGAAAAACUAUCGUUAUUGGCCAAUCAUAUUUUUUUCAAAAAAAUAAUCCGAAAAAAAUUAUAUCUAUGUAAAAAUAAUAGGCAAAAAAACGGGUAAUCAUAUUCUUACUGAAGUCCGAAAAAAAUUACGAAAGUUUUAGCCGGAAAGCAAAAAGUUUACCCGCGGCAGUUAGAUCAAAAUCCAAGGCCACUGAAUAUUCAUCGAUAAAUUUUUUUUUUCUUGGAAAAUCCCUCACCCCCCCCCCCUUCUUUCUUCAAUGCUGCUUUUUGAUUAAAAAGCUAAACAAAGUUCGAAUUCAUGAAAAAUACUUUACGGUUGCAUCUUCGAAGUAUGAUGUUUCAGAGCCAAACUGACAGAUCAGCUGAAAAAGAGGCCCGACGCUGAACUCAAGGCCAAACUUGAUGACUUGUCCAGCAAAUGGACUCCGUUGAUAAUGAGCGCCCGCGACCGGAAAGCCUUGGUCGAGAAAGUGGCUGAACUGGUGCGACAGUUCAACGACAAAGAGGAAGGCCUGGAGUCUCGUAUGCAAGAAGAUGAGAAGGAAUUGGACGCGAUCCUCGAGAACAAGGACCCGAAUUCCUUGGGUGACGCCCUGAAGCUUGUGGAGCUCACCAUGGAGCGUCGCAUCGCCGACGCCGAUUCUGUCCUAGGUUUUGACAGACGUCACCAUUUCUGUUUAAAAAAAUCUAAGCUUUUUCUAAGGUUUGGAAUAUAAUAAGAAGAAAAAGAAAUGUUUCAACAGCUGCAAGAUUCCUUUGAAGUACUACGAAAAAAAGCGUGUUUGGGCUGUAAGCGUGUUAUAACUAAAAGCGGCCGAUUACAACUAGAAAACCAAAUUUGGCAAGCUACAAAUUCAACGGAACAUUAAUUUCAAGCUAAAUAUGUAUAGUAGAUUUCUUUUUGGAUAUGAAAACACUCCGCUUUGAGGGAAAUCAAGAAGUUCCACCGAAGUUUUUCAAAAUGCUGUAGUUGUCAAGUUUCAAUUUAUUUGAAUGCUUCAGGCCUCGUAGGCCGUAUCGAGUCUUCCGCCCCCGGUCCGGACUCCAACCGGUUGCGUAGAAAGGCCGAAAAGCUCGUGGACGAUUGCAAAACAAUGGCGAAACGGGCUCGGAUUACAGCUGGACAGGUCAAACGAAAGGUAACGUUCCUUGUAAACUCCUCAAAAAAAGUCGAAUUUCAAGAAUGAUCUGAACGCGAAAUUCGAUCGAUUGGUAGAAGCGGCAGAACACUUUGUUUCCUCUCAAGACGAACAGCUCCACAGGGAAGGCGAGCUGGAGACGAAAGACCGCGUCCAGUCCAGUAUGUAAUUGGUCGUUGUUUUGAGAAUGAAGUGAUUUUUUUCCAGAAAUCGGCGAGAUCGAAGACUUCUGGGCUUUGAAGUCUCGCGAGCUGAGAGCGACUGGAGACGAAGUUAAAGAGGUCGGAACUUGUAAAUAUAUCACCUAUCGUUAUGUGAUUAACAGAGUGGAACGGAAGAAGAUAGAGAAAAGGUCGAAACGGUCAUCGAUGACCUACAGCAGAAGUUGGCCAAGGUGUUAGACGAACUCCGAAGCCGAAAUGCGAAACACGAAGAGAAAAAAAUGUUGGCGGAUCGAGCGGUCGCUGAAACACAACGUGCCGUGGAAGCCAUGAAUGCCCUGCAUACGGUAGAAAGAUAAAAGGAGCGGAAUACCGACGGUAGAACUUCAGGAAGUCAACGACUUGGACUCUAUUGGCCGCAGCGGACAGGAAUUGGCACGACAGAAAGACGAGUGCGACGAUUUGCUGGAGAAGCUCGAGGACGGCGAGGAACAUGCAGAGAAGGUUGUUCAUUCGGCGCGUCGGUUCUGCAUCGAUCUCUUCAGAUUCUCGCUGAUUGGGACGUCGCCUUGGAGCAGCAAGUCGUCGGGGUACCGGCCUGGGAAGCCAACAAGUCCACCAUCGAAGGCUUGAAAAAGGUGUGUAUUAAUUUUUUCUUCGCGCGCCGUAGCGCAACAGGUUGUGCGCCUGUCUACAGUGUACAGGGUCACAAGUUCGAUCCCCGCUUCGGCACAACUAAGGGGCAUAAGAAAUUUUGGUACUGGGAAGCCACGAUUUCCAAAUCCUCUCACAAGGACGGAUAUUUAACUCCAGCCAGUCCACUGAUCACUGAUAUCAAGAUAGGACCUCGGCUAAUCGACUCGGGGGCGCCGAAGUAGCUGAAGCCGUACAAAGGAAGGGAUCACCUUCUUCGUAAAAAUUACUAUGUUUCUCUGAAGAAAUAAAUGGAUAUUCGUGUACAGUCCAAGAAAGCACUGUUCAAUAAUAGAAUAUUCUCUACUGCAAGAUAGACUUUCUUUAUUUUUUUUUAAAUGGUGAACAGACGUUUUUUCAGGUUUCUGCGAGGGGUAAAAAGCGGGUUGCUCAAAGAAAGAAGCAGAUUGAGCAAACGCAGAUGGAAAUCGACAAAAUAAUCAAGUUCGAAAGUUUCUUCAUCCACUGUUGCAAUUUUAUUUGAACAGAAACGCCGACGACAUCUUGAAGUCAGUUGCCGAAAUGCAAGAAUCGGAAGCCAUGAGUCAGGAGAGUGGGGAAGAUGCGAGAACACAUGCACAGGCGGUCCGAAAACUCAAGGAGUUGUCGAAACCCCUUGGACAGCAGGUAGAUAGGCUCGCUCUCGUUUGAGACUUUUCAUUCUUAUUAAUUUAAAAAUAAUUGUUAGAGCAAUUUCUCGAUAGCAAGAUCAUUUUUGUUAAGAUAAAAUGUUUAGGUGGACGACUUCGUGUCAGACUGUAAGCUUCUAAUCAAGACGGCCGGUCCAGAGAGCGACACAACGGAGCUGGACAACGCCCUGAAGAAGGUGAAUGAGACCUGGCUGACGUUCUCAGCAACUCUCGCCGACAAACAACUCGGAGUCGACGCCGCCGUUCAGCAAAUGGGCAGGUAUGUCCCGGUCGUUUUCUUCCUUCCUAUCUUCUAGUAGUUUUUUUGGUCAAUUUACAUCUAUGUCAUUGCUAGAAAAUGUUAAUUUCGCCGCAAGAAAGUUUCCGAUUUGAGAUACGAAGACGCUCAUAGAGCUCUUCUCAACUGGUUGGAAGAAACCGAAGAGCUGAUGGAGAACCAGAAACCGCCGUCGGCCGACGCAAAAGUCGCCAAGGCUCAACUACAUGCCUAUGACGUCCUCCUGAAACAUGUUGAAGAUAAACAAGCCAGGUUCGGUCUUUUUCUUCAACAGUUUUUCAUGUUUUUCAUCUUUCAGUGUGAACGCCUUCUCACAAAUGAUCGAGAACAUGACAAACGCGUCAUCAAACGAAGACGAGAACAAGAGUCUGAAGACGAAGGACGAUCAAGUGAAACAGCGGUUAGUGGAAAAGGAUUUUGGAGAACUACUUGGUGCUUGAAAUUUGAAAGGAAAAUCACUACGCCUUUUUGGUAUAUUUUUGUACGAAGUUUUGGUCCUGCAAAAUAUUUUUUUUUUGAGUUUCAAUCAAGUUAUCAAAGCAGAAGAAGAAACGCAGUCAAAGAAUUUGUUUAAAACUUUAUAAAAAUUUCGGAAAUAGUUUUUUUUUCUGGUUCGAAAUAGGAUUGUAUAAUUUGUGAUAGCCUGAAAACUCAACUUCUCAAACGCGCAAAAGUCUUAAUUGUUCUCAAAAAAAGUCUCCAGACCUUCUAACUUUUUCACAGGCCUCGAGGGCAGUUUUGAGACCAGAUUUGGAAUAAGCGUGAAGAACUACAUGUAGUGAAUAUAGUCUAAUCCAGAAGUACCACUACGAAUGAAAACCAUUCCCUAGUCAGAAAGUUUUUAGAAACAGAGAAAAAAGUAGCCCAAAAGGAAAAGAGCUACUUACCUGUGUUUGCAGUUACAACGAGCUUUUGUCGGGAGCCCAAGAACGUCAGCGCGGACUUCUCGACGCCGUCGACAUGGCCGAGAGACUGACGGAAAUCACUAUUCCCUUGGAAUCUUGGUUGGCCAAUGUAGGAAAUAUUCGUACUUUUGGUCACCAGAAGAACGUUUGACUUGAUCCAGGCGGACAAAAGAUUGCUGACCCUCGGCAAAGUGCCGACAUCCGUCGAAAAAUCUCAGGAACUCUUAAUGGAGCACGAGAAGCUGGAGAACGAACUCGGCGAUCGGGCUGGCGACCUGAUGCUUCUUAAAGAGGUUGUUCUGUAGAUUCGCGCCCUUAACGCCCCUUUUCCUAUAGGUUGUUCCUCUUCUGAGCGCUCUCGUGAGCGUCGAAGACGCCAACGCCGUCAACGGCCAAGCUCAACGAAUCGAACAGCGACUGCAGUUCCUCGAUCGACGUGUUUCCGAGAUGAAGCCCAUCAUCAACGAUCUCAUCCUUCAAAUAUCCGACUUUGUCAUGGUUUUACUUUUUUCUUCGUGUCCUUCGAGUCUCUCGAAUACCUGAAAUACGGGCAUUACUUUAUGACAGUCAUUAUAGGAGAGUUUUGAAUGAAAAAUCUUCAAUCUUCAUUCUUAUAAGUAUGUCUUUCUGAAAGCAUGGGACUUCUUUCCUUUUUUAAGACCUUUUGUCAUAGUUUUCUCACAAAUGUAUCUCAGGAUACGGAAGGAAUGAUUGCCUGGCUGGAUGAAACAGAACACCGACUUUUGGACCUUGACGAUCUGCCCAUUGCACCAGAUGACCUCAUCGAACAAAGCAACAUCCUCGCGGUUUCGUUUCCCCCUGAUCCCAUCACAAAAGCUCUUCAGGACCUCGUAGUUUUGAUCGCAAAUCGUGAAGAGACAAUGACGAGUAUAAUAGAAGUCGGAAGGCAGCUGACCGUUCAGGGAGACUCCACGGAGUCUGUUCAGGUCCAGAGAUGCGUCGAGAACAUCAAGAUGCGGUAACGUCAUCCGAAGCACUGGAUCGAACCUUUUUUCCACUUUCAGAUACUCAGAUCUGGUUUCUGUGGCCGACGAGAAGAUUGCUCUGUUGGCAAAGGCGAUUCCCCUUUCUGAAAGGUUGGUUAAAGAGGAAAAAAGCACUGGAAGUUAGCUUCUGAUAUCAAAUGACUUUCCUGCUUCUUUUGAAAAAUUGAUGGUUUGAAGGAUUUGAGUUGUUCAUCUCAAUCCACGUGGACUCCGAAGCCUUUUCGGAUUUUUUAAACUUUUUUUUCGGGCCUACAUAUUCCGUUUCUUUUGCUCUCAAUCAAGCUUGGAAAAUGUUGACUCUGUACAGAAAAGUUUGAUGACUUUUUUCACAGUAGAUGUUCUCUUUUGAUUUCUCUCGCUUUUAUUAAUAUUUGAAAUUUUGAAUUGUGUUUCAGAUUUUGUCCAGAAAACUGAAAAAGAAAGUUAGAAUCUUAUUGAUAAGAAGGGGUUUAUAAGAAAAAGAAAACAUCGUAAUGAGCAAAUUUUGAUUUCUCCCAUGAACGUUUUUUCGAUUUGGAAUCCGAAAUCUGAAAGUGAAAUCCAGCAAAGCGUCGUACAGACUGUAUACACGCUUGGCUUUCCAGGUUUCAUGAGGGAUUCGAAUGUGUCAUGCAGUGGAUUGAUGCUGUUGACGUCGAUCUCCAACAGAUUGACGAGGAGGACGUCGAAACCCAGACCCAGGUGGGACAACGAGACCAGAGACAUUUUUGAUAUUCUCUUCAAUUCGUGAAACUUAAAGGAUAGUGCGAAUUUCACUCAUUUUUUUCAGUUUGUCUAUAAUCUGGAAGAAGACAUUUCAAACUGGAGGCCUGAGGUUGACGAGCUGACGGCCGUUUCCACCCAGCUCCAGGCAUUGUGUUCACCUGAGAAAGCCGACGAGCUGUUGCAAAACACGAUCGAAAUGAACAAGAUGAUCAACUCCAUCGCUGACAAGGUUUCAGUUUGAGUAACAGAAGUAAAAAGUAGCCCUUUUUUGGGAUUAUCGAGUUUUUAUUGAUAAUAAAUCGAAAACGCCAUUCAGGUGAGCCGCCGCGCAGAACGGCUGGAUAUGAACAAGAAGCAGUCACGAGCCGUUCGCGACGACUGCGACUUCCUCGUCGAAUGGUUCGCCGACACGCGCGAAUGCCUCAGCACGGCCGCGCCUCCGUCUGUCGACCCGGAAUACCUGAAGACCCAACUCAAAAACCAACGGUUGAUGAACGACGACGUCAACACCAACAAAGUGCAUCUACGCAAUGUUGCUGCCGAAGCGCGAAAAGUGGCACGGCAGCUUGGAGCCGACGGCUCCGAGGACUAUGCUGUCCUUGUUGAGACUGCCGAACAAGGCAAGGAGUUGGUGGAAGAAGUGAGACUCGUCUCUUUUCCCCUAGACAUUAUUUGAUUACAAGGUGUCCGCUUUGUGCCAAGAACGUACUGAGCUACUUGAAAGAGCUCUUGUUCUAGCCUCGCAGUUGGCAAACGAGUUUGAAGAGCUCAACGGAUGGCUGGAUCAGGUGAGCCCAAUUUUUUUUAUUUUUUUUAUCGAUUUACUUCUACCUUUUUACAGAAAUUUAAAAUUAGGCUUGAUAAGUUUCUCAUGAUUUGAUUCAGAUGGAAAAUGAGCUGCAAAAUGCCCCGAUCGUGACUACCGCCACUCCGGGAAUUGAGCUCCGAGCAAUGCAUGACCACAACACGGUCUGUUUCUAACCACAAUCGUUACAAAAGUCUCUUCUUUCAGGAGCUGACGUUGAUGAUUGCCGCAUACCGACCUAUCGUCGAACGAUUCCGCGCCGAUGUCAACUCGCUGCAGGCGAUCUGCGGAGAGCAAGAAGCUGUCAUGCUCGGCGAAGUUGCCGGAGAAGUGUUCACUCGCUACGAUUCGGUCCGUGACGUCAUCCGCGCAAGGGGAAAGGCCGUCGAGAACACCAUGAACGCGACCGUCGGCUUCGGCGAACGCCUCGAAACCUUCGUCCAGAAUUUGCACGGCGCUGCGGAUCGUCUUCGCGAAAACGAGGGAAUCUCAGCAGAUCCAGUCGUUCUGGAGGGCAGACUUGCCGAAAAUCGGGCGAUUGUCGAGAACCUCCGAGACAAAGAAAGUGCCUACGGUGCUCUGAAACAGUCCGCGUCCGAAUUACUCUCCAACAUUCCACAAGGUUCGAUCACACUUACGUUUUUGUUCGCCACACUUCAUCAAAAAUUUUCAUCAACUUCCUGAGCGCUUUAAAUGAGCUUUCCAUCUUUAGUAGUCCACGUGAAAAUGUGAAAAAUGCAGCAACUAUCUUUCGCGUUUACCAACAAAAUUUAAAAAACUAUUCUGAUUAUUAUUUUCCAUCAAGAAACCGAAAAAAAACAGGAGAUCCCACGGGUGAAGAUGUCACAAGAAAGCUGGGCGACCUCGAACUGCUCUGGGGCGACAUCAAGCAACAAGCAGUGGAACGCGGAGCCUUGCUAGAAGAUGUCCUCGGCAAAGCGAAGCACUUCUGGGCUGAACUCGGCCACUGUCAGAAAGCGGUUGGUUUGGUUAUGUCUCCGUCGUGAACUUCACUUUCAUAGGUCGAUGACCUUCGCGUUCGUCUCGAAAUGGUAGAGCCCGCGAUGGGUCAGCCAGAACAACUCACUCAACAACAGCAAGCGAUCGAAAGCGUCGCCUAUGACAUGGCAAAGACCAAACCGCGCAUAGAUGCUCUUUCCAACGCUGGCUCUGAGCUUUCUACUUUCAUUCCGCCGGAAGAGAAGGCCGUAGUCGACGCCAGAAUCGGUUCAGUUCAAACUGGCUUCAGUGGCAUUACUCAGCUUUUCGCCGACAAAAACAGGUAAUCUGGAGUCGGACACCAACAUAAAUCAUGUUUCACUGAUCUCCUUCUCACUUGUGUAUCGAAUCUUCUCAUUUUGCAGGAAUUUGAUAAGUGCAAUGGAAGAGGCAAUGUCGUUCCACGGGGAUCUGCAGGCUUUGCUUCAGUGGCUGGAAAAAGCGGAGAUCCGUUUAGAAUUGCUUCCCAAUAUCGACUCAGUCAAAGUAGAAACAAGAAGAUUCUCUUUUCUAUCUGAACUUUUAGGAAAUCGAGGAAAUCUCGAGGUUGCUAGACGGGUUGCGGCAGUUCAAAGAAGAAGUCGACGAGCACGGAGUACUGAAGGAGAAGAUCGCAACGACGGCUCAUCAACUGGCCGCCGAGGCGCCGCCUCAUCUCGCUUCUGCCGUUCGCCAGCCAAUCGCUGAACUCAACGGACGGUGGACUCGAUUGUACGCAGGCUUGGCUCAGCGUGAGCACAAGGUAUUUUCUCGCCGACCAUCUCGAAACGAAAAAUUAUAUUUUUGUUAAUUAGUGAACAUGACGAAAAAUCGGAAUUUAGACGUGUAAGAGUUUUUUUCCAGCUGGAAGGUGCUCUUCUGCAAAUGGGACGACUCGCUGAAGCAGCAGACCAGCUACUCACCUGGAUGGACAAGACAGCAGGCACCUUAGAGGAGAUCCGACCGAAAGAAGGGGCCGUCAACCUGCGCGACAUCGAGGUGGCUCUGUGCAAGUUGGCCGUCGUCAACAACGACGUCUACUCCCACGAACAACGGUUUCCCUCUUUUGACCUUUUCCCAAUCCUUAGUUUACUAUCUUUCUUUCUUUUGAUGGUUUUUCAAAACAUUUGAUCUAAAAAGCACCAAUUACAACGGCUAUACAUAAAAAACUCUGUGAAAAACUUACUACUUGAAAGUUUCAGAGUUCAAACCCUCAACAAGGCUUCUCAAAGGCUCCUGAAAGAAGAUAAUGGGCAAUCCGAAACAUCUAAGAAGAUCUCUUUGAUGAAUGAUAAAUGGAUCAAAAUCAAAUCAACUAUCGAGCAACUAGGAAAAGAAAUGGCCAAGGUUAGUACUGCCGAAAGCUUCCCGAUCACAUUCAAACUCACAUUCAGGCGAAAUCGGGGGCCGAAAACGCUGGAAAGCAGUUGGAUCUUUGGCGAACGUGGUUGGAAGACAUGGAAGCUCAGCUACUAAGUACUAAACCAACUGGAGGAUUGCCGGAGACCGCUGAAGCUCAACUGGACGAGUUCCGUGUGCUCCGUUCUGAAGUGGAACAAAGCUCUCCCGAACUGGAUGCCUACAUCCGACAGCUCGACAGAUACUGCACUGAAAACGUAGAAGAUCAAUGGACGAACCGGAAUCACGCGGCAGUCUCGGCCAAGUGGACAAAGGUCAAGGAACUCUGUGCUGAUCGCGAGAAGAAGCUCGAGUUGGCCGUCGAAGAAGCUGUGGCACUCGAAUCGGCGAUGAACGAGAUGGAGUCGUGGAUUAUAGCCUCUGAACGCAAAAUCGCGGAUCUCGCCCCUGUCAGCCGUCUGCAGGAGUCACUUUUGGCUCAAAUAGCUGAACACGAGAUCUGGGCGGAGGAAGUCACUGAAAGAAAACAGAAAAUGGCGGCUCAACAAGCAGCUGGCGUCCGUAUGCAGUACUACUGCGAGAAGAAGGACGCAAUUCCGAUCAAGAACAGACUAGUCUCCUUGAAACACCGCGCCGAGAAAAUCUCAAAUCGAACCAACGAACGUGGAAAACAGCUGAGUGCCGCACGCGAAGAGUCCAACUUGUGGAUGUCGGGCGUUCAAGAACUCGAAGCCUUUGUUAACGACAUGGAUUUGCGCUUGGAAGCAGAUGCGACUGUCACUAGCUCCGUGGAGCGACUCCGUCAGCGUCUUCAGGAGAUAAAGGACGUCCAGAAGGAAGUCAACGAUCGCCAAAAAUAUUUCGAAACAACUCGACGACGUGGUGCCCUUCUGGCAGAGCAUGCCCUUCGUGCGGAAAGCAAGAAAAUUUCGAUGCGCAACGAUGAACUAUCGAAGAAAUGGUCUGAUUUGUCGAAGAAAACUCUGCGAAAGCUCCGAGAAGCGGAUCAAGCUGUCAUCGAAAGUGGAGCGUUUGAUGAGACGCUAAAAGAGCUGGAGAAGUGGGUCGACGAAGAAAUAUCGCGGGAUACUGCCUUCGAUACCAAGAAGAUUCAUGGAGACGUUGAUGCUGUUCAUGCUCUCGUGGAUGAAGACACUCGGCGCGCUGCUGAUCGCAAGGCAAAGUCUCAAGGCGUGCAGACAGUUCUCAAGAAGGCCGAACAGCUUCUGAACAACGGCGUCGAUGAAAGUGACGAAAUACUCGAGGCUAGCAAAAGACUUACGAGCAAGUGGGCCCAAGUCGAAGAGGCAGCCAGAUCCAGAGCUGCAAGUCUCAAGGUUGAUUUUGAGUUUGGGCUCGCAUUUUUCUUUCGGAUUCCAGGACGCGGAACGUCAAGCCACCGACUUUGAUGCUAAAACUCAUGCUCUACUUGACUGGCUUACUGCUACAGAACAAAGAUUGAAGGUUUGUCUACAAGCCUGUGGAAAAUAAACGUGGCUUCCGAAAAAAAAUCUGAAUUCUUUUUUCUCUAUUAUCUUUCCUGGUUUGACCUUGCGUGCCUCCAUCAUACAUAGACAAAAUUCAAGCUAAAAUUAAUUUUUCUCUCAAUAUGAGUUCAUCCGUAUUUUCUUUGUGUUCUUUCUAAUCAAUGUGGACGCUUCAGGAGCCGACGACGAAUCUGCGUGCGGCGCUGUCCUCGGUAGAAGAGGUCAAGCGUGACCUCGAGGAAUCCGCUCCGAAGCGCGACGAUUGUCUGCAAAAAGGAGCUGAAAUCCUGGCCAAGUGCCAACCUCGAGCGGAACAAACGGUCAAAAACUGGUUGCGCGUGAUCGACGCUCGUUGGAAAGAAGUUUCGGAGCGGGCAGAUGAACGCGAGUUUGCUUUGAUAGAGGAAGAGCAGAAGGAGAAGGAGCGCGACUCGACGAUCGCCGAACUUUUGCGAUUCACGGCGGCCAAGCGGGAGCAGCUGACGACCAUGAUCUCGUUGCCCGCCGCACAAGACCUCGAGGCUAUGGAAGCCAUACAGAAGGACUUGGAGCAGCUCGACUUCGACUUGCGCGAGAAGCAAUCAGAAGUUGAUGCGGUGGUCAAGAGCAUCCGUAAAGGAGUCAAGUCGGUUUCUACAGUUUGAAAGUUUCCAAUUGGUUCGAUUUGAAGGAAUCCGGCCGCAGAGCAGCUCUCGUCCGAAUGGAAGCAAGUGUGGCUGGAUGCGAUGGGUCUGCAGAGCGCCUUGGAAAGCCAACGGGCUCUGCUCGAGGAAAUGAAGCGACUCGAAGCUUGGCGUUGGGAGGACUGGAAAGAGCGUUACGUUGAGUGGAACGAUCAUGCCAAGGUUCUUCCUUUCAUGAGCAUUUCAAGGAGAUGGGGGGACAGUCGGGGGAUCUGACUGAGUCUAAUUGAGGAUUAUUUUUUCACAGGAACAGAAAAAGGAUAAUUAACACGAAACAAUUACGAAGAAAAUUAUAAACAGCAUUCUUUCACAUUCUAAAUCUGCUGCUUAUUUUAGGCGUUUCGAGAAAAAUUUCACGUUUUUUGAAAGUAUUUUUUGUACUACUUGAUUACUUGUACCAGUCAUCUUUUUUUCCAAAUCCCGAAAAGGUGUACCAAAGGAAUUUUUUCGUUUGGAAGGGACCUUACUUUUCCUCCCGAGUUAUGACCUCAUGAUUUUUCAGGAGAAUGUGUGAACAUUUGUGUCAUUGGAAAUCGUUAAUUAACCGUUUUUGCAGGCAAGAGUGUCCGAUUUAUUCCGGAGAAUCGAUCGUUCUCACACGGGAAAUGUUCCUCGUCAAGUGUUCAUCGACGGAAUAAUUGCUUCGAGUCAGUUAUUUUAAAUAAAAAGAACUUGUCAUUUUAGUGAUCUUUUUUGAAUUUUUCAGGAAAGUAACAAAAGACUUGGGGAAAGACAUUGAAUUUUUCAAAAAUUGUAUCCCCUUGUAUGAAGAAAAUCGAAUUCAAUUAGUAUGAACUAAUCAAUUUCCUAAAUUUUUUUAGAGAAAAAUUCUGAUUCCUUACACAUGAAAAAUCAAAAAUGGAUUCUAUGCGCAACUUUUCCAAAUAAUUCAGAUGAAAUAAAAAAUUCGACGGUCUGUCUUUCUAGUAAGUUGACGUUGUGAUUGUAUAAAGGAGUGUUUGGUUUUUCCUUCUUUUUUGAUUCUUCAGUACGUUUAAGAUUCUAAACUCGUUUCAUUCACAGAAUUCCCAACAUCUCGUCUGGAAAUGGCAAAAGUAGCGGAUCUUUUCGACAAAGGAGAUGGUCUAAUCAACUCGAAAGAGUUUAUAAACGCACUUCGGUUCGAUCGGUCUAAUGUCAGUUUUAUUUUUUUCAAGCCGGGAAGUCCGAGAAAUAAAUGUAUACCUUUGAAGUCGAAAGCACAUUGAUGGUUUCAGAGAACUGAGAAGCCGCAAACCGAGACGGAAAAAAUAAAUCACGAGAUUGAAAGACAACGCAAGACGUGCAGCUGCUGCCAGCCGUAUCAGAUCGAGAAGAUCUCUGAUAAUCAUUAUCGGGUAGGUCAUUAAUGUCUGGAAUAGGAUUUUUUGGAGUGAGUCUGAAAAGUAGUGAUUCGAGGUGUUGUAGUUUGGCGAUACUCACAUCAAACGGAUGGUGCGGAUUCUCCGGUCGACGGUGAUGGUCCGAGUUGGAGGCGGCUGGGAGUCGUUGGACGAGUUUCUGCACAAGCACGAUCCGUGCAGAGCCAAAGGUCUGGGUUUCAAUUGUUUUGGAUGGCAAGAAAAUCGUCCAGGCCGUCUCAACAUCAAUCUUCUCUACAAGGAUGUGGCUCCUGCGCACGCCGUCGAUUCUAUGCGCGCCUUCACGAAAAACCGUCAUGCCAAGCAGUUUGAAGUGCCUCCAGUGGUAGGAGUCGUAUCAAGUGUGUAUGAGAAAUAUCGAUUCCCAGGGCACUCCUGGCCCAAUCAUGAAGAUUCGGGAGAAGACCGAGCGGAGUAUCCCCAUGUUUGGCUCCUCAACUCCUUCUCGUAUCCCACGUGCUCCCAGUGAUUUGAGCAUGCUUGGUUUUCAUUCCUUCAAAACAUCUUCAUUUUCUGUAUAUUUGAAGAUUCUCCCGUUGGUCGCGGCUCGAGAUCAACGUCACGGACUUCUCUUCUCGACAUGCAGAUCGCGACGUCGCGUCCCUCAAGUCGCGCCUCGUCGGAUGCUGGCGCCGGCGACAGCAAGUCCAGAAUCCCUUCAUUGCGUGGCAAGAAAGGCGAAAGGUAUUGAAAAAGCGAACGCCUUGCAGUUCAAUUUCUCGCUUUUCAGAUACAAUCCACCUAGUUCUCUCAAAUGA